UUGACGGCGCGUGUACUGCAGAAUAUAGUGCAGUUGAGUUCACUUCGGCGAACCCUGUUCUCUGGUUUGGAAAGAUACGAGUAUCUCGAUGGUCUCGUCACUGGUGUGAAAGGAAUAAUGGAAAAUCCGAGCAAGCUUAGGCAACAGGAAAGUUUUCAUGAAUUUUGCCGUAUAAUCGCACGUCUGAAAGCGAAUUAUCAGUUAGCUGAGCUGAUGAAAGUUACAGAUUAUCCGGUACUGAUUACGCUGUUGGCAAAUUUCACUGAACAGAGUUUGAGGGCCUAUGAAUUUUCCUCCAAUAGUACGUAUUAUUUGUUAUCAUUUUGGCAACGAAUGGUGUCUUCUAUGCCAUACAUGAAAGCAAAUGAUCCGCAUCUGCUUAACCUAUGUUGUCCAAAAAUCACUACUGCCUACGUCGAAAGUCGGUUGCAGUACGCUAGAGCUGUUGCCAGAGGUGAUGUUGGCGACGAUCCACUGGAUGACCAGGGCGCCUUGCAGCAGGUUAUGGAACAAUUUGCAGUCAUUUGUCGAUGUGAAUUUGAAAAAUCUACUGAGCUUAUUGUGCGUUCGUUCGAUCAUGACUAUGCGGUCUACGAACGUUCCACCAAUCCGACGCUUUUUUAUCGAGUACUGUAG